AUGUCAGCUAAAUCUGAAGAUCCUGCGAUAACUUUAGCAGAGGCAUUUAAGAGGAAAGGGUACUUAGACAAGUUAAAACAAUCUAUCCUUACUGAUGCGCUUUAUGCAGACGGUAAUACUGAGGAGAAUUUAGAAACUCUAGUUAAAAAAAGAGUCCAAGAGUUGAUAAAAGAUAUGGUUCACAAGGAUGAAAGUUUGAUAUUUAAAAACAGGGGCUCCACGAGUGCUUUAUUAGAGGCGCAGCUAUUUAGAACAGGCUACGAAAUGCUAAAAGACGAUCGAGUAGAUGUUGAUAAAAUUAUUGAAGACAGGCUUGGUGAUGAAGAAUUGGUAUCUAAGAUUAGAUCCUUGCUAAUGGAAAUGCACGCCAGUAAAUCAGAAUGA